GCGGCGGAGGGAGGGAGGCUGCAGGCCCGGCCCCGGUUGCAGCGCCCGGGGCGGCUCCUCCUCGAGCCUGGGACCGUCACGCUCCCCCCGCCGCCGCGUGCUGGCGUGACUCCCUGCCCGUGCCGCGCCCUCCCGCGUCCGCAGCCGGCUCGGCUUCCUGCCCACCCAGACGUCGCUUCUCCCGGGCUCCCGGUGUCGGCUCCGCGCGGAGGGAGAGGAAAUGAGUGCGGCGGCAUGGCCGGCGCCCGAGCGGGGUUGGAAGAGCGAGAAACUAGAUGAGGCUCAGGCCCUGGCGCGGAGUUGCGCCGCCCGCAGACCCGACUUCCAGCCGUGCGACGGGCUGUCCAUCUGUGCCACGCACAGCCAUGGCAAGUGCUUCAAGCUGCACUGGUGCUGUCACCUAGGAUGGUGUCACUGCAAAUACAUGUAUCAGCCUAUGACUCCUGUGGAACAGCUUCCGAGCACUGAGAUUCCUGCCAGGCCUCGGGAACCCACAAACACCAUUCAGAUCUCAGUCUCGCUCACUGAACACUUUUUGAAAUUUGCAUCUGUCUUCCAGCCUCCCCUUCCCCCUGACUCACCAAGGUACUGUAUGAUUUCAGACCUCUUUAUUGACAACUAUCAGGUUAAAUGUAUUAAUGGGAAGAUGUGUUAUGUGCAGAAGCAGCCAGCGCCGCAUUCCCACAGAAUGAGCCCUGAGGAGGUCUCUGCACACGAUGCCUUAAUUUCAAAAGAGAGCAAUACACCAAAAAUAGAUCACUGCUCUUCUCCCUCAAGUUCUGAGGACUCUGGGAUCAAUGCGAUCGGGGCUCACUAUGUGGAAUCGUGUGACGAGGACACAGAAGAAGGAGCAGAACUGAGUUCAGAGGAAGAUUACAGUCCAGAGAGCAGCUGGGAACCGGAUGAGUGCACCCUUCUCUCCCCCUCGCAGUCUGACCUGGAAGUGAUUGAAACCAUAGAAACGACCGUGUGAGAGUCCAGACAGGAAGCCGCAGCCUCGGACCCACGCCAAGCUUUUGUACCUUUGUCCGGUGGAUCCUUUUUUCCAAUGCUGUUGAUAUUUUCUACCCACUCCCCAACCCCACCAACAACCGUAGCAGUUCGGUGGUAUGCUGAUUAGCUUCUCUCCAUCUUACAACUAAGACAUUUUUAUUAUAAACGGUUUUCUUUUGUAUCUCGACUUACUUUCUAUGUAGCAUCUGGUGUCAUGAAUUGUGACCCAGCCUUAAUUUCACUGGGAGAUUUGAAGGCAGUGAAGUGAUGGUCGCAGAGAAUCUUGGAUCAGAUUGAGGAGGUACCGAAAGGGAAGGAGCCAGUGUUUUCUCGGUAGCCAGUCCUUCACAGAGAGACUCUUGCCAUUCCCUUUGGCAUGUUCACAGGCACUCCCGUCCUGUCCUGCUUGUCCUACGCAAGCAGCACUCCCUACUGAGUGUGCACUGGUAGAUGCCGUUUCUUCCCUUCCCCUUCUCCCCACACCUGCACUGGGUCUAGAUCAGAGCUGCCUCGGCUUACUUCUGGGAGGUCACUGGAGGCCAGCUCACCCCAUGGUUUGUGGCCAGUGUCUGUACAAGGCUCCAUGACUGGGGCUGAGCUAGACAUUCACAUGAGAAGAGAUGACCUCAUCCGUCUCAUGCUCAAUCCAGCUUUAGCUGAGCACCUGUCCCCUGCAGGGUGCUGUGGGGACACAGCAUAAGACCUGAUUCCCACCAUGAAGGGGCCCACAGUCCUAUAUAUGACACAUUCAACUCAUGACACCCAGAAAGCUCUGGGGACCCAGGGGAAGCAUGAGAUUUACUUGGCUGGGGCCAGCUGGGGAAGGUGUUUCAGCAUUUGAGCUGGCCUCUUGGUGGGUUCCCCAACAUUUCUCUGCUUUUAAUUGUUCUUCAAGUCUGGGAAACUCUUAGGAAGUUAUAUAGGUAUCACAUUUAGGAGGCAGCCACAUCUGACAUCUUAAGGAAAAAAUAAAUCAAUUAAUAGUUUUAGUUAGCAUGGAAAUGCUAAAGACAGAAGCCCUUUAGGGAUUAGGACUGAAUCUAAUAGGUUUGAUUAAUUCUGCUUCAUUUGGUUGUAUGAAGCAUUAGUAUGGCUUAAGUGAGGAAUGGAUUAGAAUUCAGUAUGAUGCAUGGAUUUUUAAACAGGUGCAAAAGCAGUUGAAAUAGUUUGCUGCUAAGUCAGGAGGAAAUAUUCAGUGUAAUCGUCAUUCUCUUUCCCACAGUCUGUCUGUUGUAUGUGUUCUCUCCCCUCACAUGCACAAAAUAGUGACUAAUUCUUUCUUAUUAUCUCUCUUCAGAAUUCUACUUCUACUCUCCAUUUAUACCAGGUAUUCUUCUGAGUCAGUUAACUGCUAUUUCUCCAAACCUUCUAUCCAUGAGGCAUAGUUUCAAAUCCUGGAAAUUUUAAGUAUGGCCUAAUGAGAACAUCAGAGUUGGAGACAGACCAGUACUUCCAUCCUAACUAUCCAGAAGCAUGCUCUCAGGCCAUUGUGCUCUGAGAUUCCCUUGUGCUCUGGCACCGUUAUGGUACAUCUCUACAUCACAUUCUUUUUUUUUUUUUUUUCGAGACAGAGUUUCCCUCUUGUUGCCCAGGCUGGGGUGCAGUGGUGCGAUCUUGGCUCGCUGCAACCUCCGCCUCCUGGGUUCAAGUGAUUCUCCUGCCUCAGCCUCCUGAGUAGCUGGGACUAUGGGCAUGUGCCACCACACCCAGCUAAUUUUUUGUAUUUUUAGUAGAGACAGGCUUUCACCGUGUUAGCCAGAAUGGUCUCGAUCUCCUGACCUUGUGAUCCGCCCACCUCAGCCUCCCCAAGUGCUGGGAUUACAGGCGUGAGCCACCGCGCCCAGCCGGAUUUGUAAGAAAAAGUUGUGUUCUUCCCUGAAGCCUCCAUUUGGCAUUGUUCACAAACUACUCAAGGAAGAAUCUGCUUUCCCAGUUGUAUGUAUAAUUUAAGUCGUUUACUAGAUAGAACUUUUUUUUAGGUUUAGGUGGCCAAGACAUCUAUAGGUUUAGAAGGCAGAGUAUGCAUUUUCCUUUGCAAACAGUGUGAGUUAAAACUUUCUAUGCUAAAUGGGAAUGCAGCAUCAAGUCUCCACUUACUGAAAUUUAAAGAUUCAACAAGACAAACCAAGAAGGGGGUCAGAGGAGCUCUAGGAACAGGCCCAGGAGAGGGCAGGUGGAGGCAGAUGUGGGCAGGAGGAACUUCCCCCUGCCCAGGGCAUGGCCUGGGUGGCACAGGGACAUCUGAUGAGCCCUGCCCGAAGUUCUCGGUGCCUGCCUUGCAUGAGUGGCUCACUGAAGACAGGUGUGGAAGCCAAAUGCCUGCAAGCCGUGUGUCAGGCCACAGCAGUGCAGUCAUGCAUCAUGCACUCAGGUUUGUAACAGCAACACUAGGGCCCUGUCUAGAUUUACCCUGUGGGUGAGCCCGUUCUCCAGAUGGGCGUAUAAAGGGGCUUUCUCCUCUACACCAUUCCUGUCAGUGUUCUGUACAGGCCCACAUUCCCACCCAGUAAACCAACGGAGUUGACCGGAUUUCUAAAGCCAUGGAGAUAUGUGGUCUCGGGGCCACGUUUCUGCAGCAUCUAGGGCUUCUGUCUAGGCUCCUGUUUUAUUACACUCUUGAACUGCCAUUCUGAUUAGACACAAUUUUAAUGGAAUUUUUGGAUUUAAUAAUAGUUGAUAAUCACCUUAUAUAUUUGCAUAAUCUCUUUAUAAUGAAAAACUCACUAAGCUUCACUUACUACUAUCUCCUAUAUAGAAUUAGAGACAUUCCAUUGGAUUCUAAGUAUCAGACACUCCUGGAUCUCAAAAUGACCUUUUCUAAAUAAGCACAAGAUUUUUGUCCUAGCACUGUUGAUAACACUCUGAAAUAUGUUAUUGAACUGGAAUUGUUUCUUUAUGCUUGCAUUCCAAAACCAACUGAAACAGAUUGUAGUUUCACUUUAAAUUCUAGGCCUGUUCUAUAUUAUAUGAAGGAAUUCUCUGUAGCGCUGAUAUUAUGUUGCUAAUUUGUAUACUUACAGGCACUUUAGAAAAUGUUUAGACUGCAACAUGCACGGUAACAUUGAACACAGUCACAUGAAGGAGCCUGUGGUUAACACUUGCACACUGACAGAUAGGACAGCUUUAUACUUUGGACCCAGUAAUAUGCUCAUUGGAGCAAGGGUUGGGCUGUGUGGAUGGAUAAACUGCUUUCUUGGGUUUGCAUGGAAACCUGGUGCCACUGCUACUUUUGGAAAGUUGGUAUAAAAGCUAUUAGGUAGAAGCUUAAUUCCACUAAACGUAGAAUUUAGUUUUCUUCUCUAACCAAGAUUUUAGAAGUUUCAAGUUUCAAAUAUGCUUAUAACUUUUCCAAGAAAUGAUGAUUACAAUGCUUUUGUGGUUACAACUGUUUGGUAUAUUAAAAAAUAAGGGUUUACUAUCACA